GUGCUAUUACUGCUGGAUUGUGCAAGAUUUUUAAUCCUAUUUUCUUUGAAUUAUGAUUUCAAUACAAAAAAAGUCUUAAAUUUUUUUUAAAAAAAGGGAAACAUUUUAGUUUUGGAAGUCAGAAUGCCAAGGAAAAGGAAAAAUCUUGGGGGCCAUCCUUUGCGGAAGACUGCAAGCUCUAAGGAAGUUGUAUCCAGUGUUGCUAGUCAUGAGAAGCCAACCACUACUCUUCCUUCCAUGUGUGAGACAAAAAGUGCUCAGGAAGAACUCUUCACCAGUAUCUCAGAGAUGUUUUCUGAAUUGGACCCUGAUGUAGUAUAUUUGAUGCUUUCUGAAUGUGAUUUCAAAGUUGAAAAUGCCAUGGAUUGUCUGUUAGAGUUAUCUGCCACUGACACCAAGAAGGAAGAAUCACCUUCACAAAGCUUGGUUGCUUCUGAGACCCAGCCAAGUGCAGCCGGAACUGGAACAAUGGAGAAGUGUUCUCCUGAAGAAGAGAAUGAAGAUUCAAAACUGGAUUCGUUUUUGGACAUGCAGCUAACUGAAGACUUGGAUUCCUUAAUACAAAAUGCUUUUGAGAAAUUAAACUCUUCUGAUGACCAAGUAUACUCAUUUUUGCCUUUGCAAGAUAUUCAUAGUUUGAAUGACCCAAGUAAAUUUAUAAAUUCAGAUUCAAGUAAUACGGCUCCCAUUCUAUCUACACAAAAUAAGGAUUCAAGCAGUGAAAAAUUUGAUAAUUCCACAUUAAGUUCAAAUUCAUUAACUUCACAUUCAGUUUUGAAUGAGUCUGACAGUUUUAUAAGGGAUAAAACAUAUGCAUUGGAAGGUAACUACCCAGAAGAUUCUCUUCUCAGUAGCUCUUUAAAUCCAGCAAAUGACUUCACUGUGGGCUGUAGCAAUUUCAAUCAAAGACAGAAAGAGGGUUUAGAAGCUGAAUGUGUUGAUAACCAGCUCUCUCAACCCUCUGUGGAUAUGGAAGCCAAUGAGCCUCAGGCUCCUUCAACCCUUCCUGUGCAGAAUCUGGGGCUUGAUUUACCAGGUACUAGUGGGGAUCAGAAAUCUACUUCUGCCUCUGAUGUUUUUGUACCUUCUGAAGGGUUCAGUUUCAAGCCUCAUAAACAUCCUGAACUUCCACCAAAGGGGAAAGAUGUUAAUUACUGUCCAGUACUUACCCCUCUCCCUUUACUGCUUCCUCCUCCUCCACCUCCACCAAUCUGGAAUCCAAUGAUUCCUACUUUUGACCUCUUUCAAGGAAAGCACGGCUUUGUAGCUCCUGUUGUGACCACAGCUGCACACUGGAGACCUGUCAACUACACGUUUCCACCCUCUGUUAUUCCUCAUGCUUCCCCAACUAAGGUCUGGAGAAACACAGAGGGAACAAGUGCUUAUCAGGUUCAAGAGACUCCAGUUUCUCAGGUUGUAAGAAAGAAGACAACAUCUUAUGUUGGACUGAUUCUUGUUCUUCUCAGAGGGCUUCCGGGAUCAGGAAAAUCUUUUUUGGCAAGGACUUUGCAAGAAGAUAAUCCAAGUGGAGUCAUUCUUAGUACUGAUGAUUAUUUUUAUAUAAAUGGACAGUACCAGUUUGAUAUAAAGUACCUAGGAGAGGCACAUGAAUGGAACCAGAACCGUGCAAAGGAAGCAUUUGAGAAGAAAGUAUCUCCAAUAAUAAUAGAUAAUACAAACCUUCAGGCAUGGGAAAUGAAGCCAUAUGUUGCUUUGUCUCAGAAGCAUAAAUAUAAAGUCCUUUUCCGGGAACCAGACACAUGGUGGAAGUUCAAGCCAAAGGAGCUUGCAAGGCGUAAUAUUCAUGGAGUAAGCAAAGAAAAAAUCACAAGAAUGUUGGAACACUAUCAGCGCUUUGUUUCAGUGCCCAUAAUCAUGAGUUCUUCAGUUCCAGAGAAGACUGAACGGAUUGAGUUGUGUGCAUAUGCUUAUGAGGAUAGAAGUUCCAGCCCAAGAGACAAUGAAGAUGUUACCUCUGAAAAAGAAGAAAAUGUUUUAUCCUCAUCUUUGAAACACUUAGAAUUAAUUGAAGAGGAGAAUCUUGAAGUGGCCAAAGAAAAUGUGUUACCUGAGAAUAUGACAUAUCUCCCUAAUGUAGAUUUAAACAAAGGCAGAAAAGAAAUAAGUGGUAUGAAUCAGAGUACACAGAGUGCUUUCAUUCAGGAAGCUCCACACAUGUAUUUUCCUAACUCUGAAAGCAAAAUUCAGGCAACAGACAGAAGUGAAGAAGAACAAGUAGAAUUAACAGCUGAAAAAGCUAAAAUUGAUGCACACGGUCCUGUAGACAGAGCAUCACUGAAUAUUUGCUGUGGGGAAAAUAAUCAAGAAGACACUGAUCUUGCAAAUACUAUACCUGUUCAAAAUGAAAAACCUUCACCUAGUGAGAUAUUAGAAGAACGAACAACAGUAAAGAAAAAACCCAAUGGGAAACAAAAAAACAAAUCAACUUUGGAAAAGCUUCCUAGACAAGAGCUAUCAAAUUUUGUUGGUGACUGGCCUGUUGAUAAGACGAUUUGUCAGAGGACAAAAAGGAAUCGGAAAACUGAAAAAGCCUCAUCUAUACAAACUGACAAAAAGUAUAAUCGCCCUCAGUCACGCAGAGUAUUAGAUACUAAUAUAUGUAUGAAUGCAGAUCAUAUCCAACAACAAGGAUCCCCACAGGAAAUUGUAGAGGACAGCAGGAAGUCCCAGUGUGAUGAUCCCUCAGAAUUCCUCAAUAGCUGUCAAUAUGAUUCUUAUACAAAUACUGAAAACAACUCAUUUAGUAUUGUGAGUGACUGGCCUUCAUCUGCUUCUUUAGCUCAAAGAGAGCCAAGAUCAAGAAUAUCGAAGGCUGGUUUAAGUGAACCUAUCCUAGAAUUUGGAACUAGCGACAGUAUGAAUGAAAUAUCCUUAUACAGACCACGGGAGGUUUGUUGGGGCACAAGCCCUGAAGAACUGAAAACAUUGGGUAGUCCCACUCUCCAAAGUUCUGAAAUGCUAUCCAGUGAAGUGACCCAGGAUAAUCAGCCUUGUCUAAGUAAAAAGAUCCACAGGCACACACUGCCUCUUACUUUUACCAGUAGUGCAGCAACUAUUCCUAGAGUAGUAGGACCACAGACUUCAGCUGAAUUUCCAGGGGCAUUGCCUAAAGGAGUCCCUGGAAUUGAAGUAGGCAUGUCUACACAGACUGAACCACAGGAUUUUGCUCUCUUGUGGAAAAUAGAGAAGAAUAAAAUCAGUGUUUCAGAUUCGGUCAGAGUAUUAGCAGGAAGAUUGGAUGGAUUUAAACCAAAAACUUUCAAUAUUAACACAAAAUCAAAUGUGCAAGAAACAAUUCCUUAUAGGGUAAUGUAUGAUAAAAGUACGUUUGUUGAAGAAAGUGAGCUUACCAGUGCUGAUGAAUCUGAAAAUCUGAAUAUUCUUUGUAAACUAUUUGGCUCUGUUUCAUUAGAAGCCCUGAAAGACUUGUAUGAGAGGUGUAAUAAGGAUAUUAUUUGGACCACCAGCCUUUUGUUGGAUUCUGAAACGAAAUUAUGUGAGGAUAUGGAAUCUGAGACUUUCCAAAAAUCAUAUGAUGACUCACAAGUUGGGCCUUUUUCUCUCGGUUUGAAUUUGAAGGAAAUUAUUAGCCAAAGAGGAACUUUAGAAGAUUCUAACUCUUCUGUGCAAGAGUUUAGUCCAGGAAUUGGUAUCAAUAAAUCUAAUGCCCAAACCACCUGUGAUGCAGAAAAUGGGGACUUGGAGCUGGCAGGAACUAUAACUCCUGAGAACUCUGGUGGCUUCAUAGCAAGCAUAUUUCCUAAUGCUGCUGUAGACAGGAACAGGAAUAAUGGGGUGCUUCCUAAUAAUCCAGGUUUAUAUAGCUUUAAGCAGUCUCUUCCAGCUACUCCAAAGUCCACUGCCUCUAAAGAUGUGAAUGAAAUCCAGAAUAAUCUAGUAGCCACGGGGUCUGGAGAUAGUAUGUACUCAUUAAAUUUGUCAGAUAUCGUAAACUCUAUAACAGGUACAUCUGAUCUUGAAUUAAAUGAAGAAGUUUAUGUUACUGACUCUUUGGAAAUGAAGAAAAAUGAAAAUCUCCCAAAGGAUUAUGUCAAAUUGGCAAACACAGAGGAAGUUUUGAAUGAAGAUGAGCAGGAAAUGGAGAAAGUUCUAGUGGCAGGAACUACUAUGACAGCUGGAGUUAGUGAAGAAAACAAAAGUGACAUACUGAAUCCCACACCAGUGACAGCCAAGUCUCUGACCAUUGACUGUUUGGAAUUGGCUUUACCCCCUGAACUGGCUUUUCAACUCAAUGAACUAUUUGGCCCAGUUGGUAUUGAUUCAGGGUCUCUAACAGUUGAGGAUUGUGUGGUUCAUAUAGAUCUCAAUCUGGCUAAAGUGAUUCAUGAGAAAUGGAAAGAAUCUGUAAUGGAGCGACAAAGACAAGAGGAGGUAUCUUGUGGCAAGUUUGUGCAAGAUCCUUCUGUGGUUGGACAUACUGAAAGUCCUGAGCAAAAAUCAUCUCAGAGAACUGGAAAAAAAUUACUGAAGACUUUAGCAGUCCCUGAAAUGCUACCCUUACUGGAUCAUUGGAAUACUCAAACUAAAAAAGUCUCACUCAGAGAAAUAAUGUCAGAAGAAAUUGCCUUACAGGAAAAACAUGAUUUGAAAAGGGAGACACUUAUGUUUGAAAAGGAUUGUGCCACUAAGCUAAAGGAGAAGCAGCUCUUUAAAAUAUUUCCAGCCAUUAACCAAAAUUUCCUAGUGGACAUUUUCAAGGAUCACAACUAUUCAUUAGAACACACAGUGCAGUUUCUAAACUGUGUUCUUGAAGGAGACCCUGUGAAAACAGUUGUAGCUCAAGAGUUUGGUCACCAAAAUGAGUGUGCCACUCCUCAGACUGCACAGAAGUCGAAAGAGAAAAAGGCAAAGAAGUCGAAGGAGACUGAAGACUCCCCAGGUGAGCCAUCUUUCCAGGACUUUGAGUACCCGGAGUAUGAUGACUACCGGGCCGAGGCCUUCCUGCACCAGCAGAAGAGGACGGAGUGCUACAGCAAGGCCAAGGAGGCUUACCGCAUGGGGAAGAAGAAUGUUGCCACCUUCUAUGCCCAGCAGGGUAGUCUUCAUGAGCAGAAGAUGAGAGAAGCUAAUCACCUUGCUGCUGUGGAGAUCUUUGAGAAAGUCAAUGCUUCUCUGCUGCCACAAAAUGUGUUAGACCUACAUGGGCUGCAUGUGGAUGAAGCUAUAGAACACUUGGCAACAGUUUUACAGCGGAAAACUGAAGAAUUUAAGCAGAACGGUGGUAAGCCCUACCUUUCUGUGAUCACGGGGAGAGGAAACCACAGCCAGGGAGGAGUUGCUCGAAUCAAACCAGCCGUCAUUAAAUACCUCACAAGCCAUAGCUUUAGGUUCUCUGAAAUAAAACCAGGGUGCUUGAAAGUCAUGCUAAAGUAAAAAAAAAAAAGUUCUUGACUUCUAAGUAUGAAGGUUUGUAGGUUAAAAGUAGUUUUAUUUGCAGUAAUACAGUCAAUUCUGCUCUAAACUUGUGUCUUACUAAGGAUUAUGUCCAGUUAUAAAACAGACAUGGUUUUCAAAAUUCAAGAGAAAUUAAUUUUUUUACUGAAUCAGUUGCCCAAUGUUACUUGCUAAGUCAUUAAAUAAAGAGAAUUUUUGUUGAUUACCAAAUGCCUAAGAAAAGUAUCAGCUACAGUUUUAAAGUAUGAAGUACACUAUUUCUUAUUCAUAGAGAAAAUACUAAAUUUGUAUUAAUGGUUCCACAUUUAAUAAUGGUAAAGGUUUCUGUGAGAGAUAACAUGAUUGAGAUAUUUUAGGGCAGUGUGCCUAGUUCACACCUUCCAAGGCUUGCUGUAAAAGAAGCAGUGGUAGUAAGGAAAGAAAGAGAUUUAACAAAAACACUUGAAUACUUUUUAAACUUUCAAGGCCAAAUGUAUAAUAUUAUUUACUUUGCCAUAUUUUGGAGCAAGGAAGACAUUCUAUGCACUUCCUACUGCUUUGUGUGUGAUUGUGGUCUCUUAGCUCUGUUCUGGUCUCUGUGUAUAUUUUCUUGUGAGGAAAGUUGGGUCUGAGAUUAUCUUGCAGUCUUAUUUCUUUCAUAGGUAGAAUUGUUUUCAGAAAAGGAGAAAUGCCUCGUUCUCUACCACAUGUUGGUUCCUGAGUAGAGCUGCUUCUAAAAAAUUGUCUUAUAAGUGGUAUAUCAGACAGUGCUGGAUUUUACAUUAAAACACAUAAUUUCUAAGCUGCAUUAAGUUAAAAUCCUAUUAAAACAAAUACCAGAAAACAUUUUUGGUAUAAUUAUAAAACGAAUCCUUGUCAUUGAAAAAGAGCCAACUUUCUGAAAGAAAAGGUUCAUUAACUUCUGUUGUUUGGUUAGCAUGUGAAUGAUAAUUACCUUUACAAGAAUUUAAUGGAAUUAGGUAUAAUUUUCUCAGAAUGGUCAAAUUUUGCUUCGAAUAUAUAGAGUAUUUUCACCAUACAUUUUAACAAGUAAUUGUGGGGAUUUUUUAGUAUAAAAGUUAUUUGGAUCAGGAAUGAUAGGAUGGAAUAUUAUUGAAAGAAUCUUGAAGUACUGGCUAGUUUCCCAAGAGUCAACAUUUUAAUGAUAAUAAACUCAAAACAGGUUUUUAUAUGGAUGCAUGCUUUUAAAAUAAAGCCUUAUUAGUGAAUUUUAUUUCCACAAAAUAACAUGUUUAUUAUUUAGAAAUGAUUAGUGACUGUUACUGUUCACAUUAUGUUUGUUAUAUGUUUUUAAAAUACCAGUAUAAACACUUUGUGAUGCUUAGAAGUGUUGUAUACAUUAAAAAUAAAGCCUUUUUUCAAUAACUUACAACAAAGUUAUAAAGUUGUCAAUGAUAUAAAAAUAUUCCUUUGUAUAGAUUAAUAUGAAUUAAGAUUUGAGAAACAACACUAAGCCCCAUCAUUCAGUAUUGCAGAGCAUGAAGAUGCAUGCUCAUUCCCAGCCCUCAUUUUCUGUUCUAUAUUUUCUCAUCUGGUUUUA